AUGAUGCGCAUUACCGACCGUGCCCUAUGGAACGAUUUUCGCGAGGAGUUUAAUGGAUGGACCCUAGGCACAUUCAAGGUGGCCAACAGGGCCGCAUUGAAAAUGGUUCGAAUUCACCUGACUACCCACGGAGUAUGGAUCAGGGUAGGUCCAGGGAUAUCUUAUGCGAAGGGACUAUACGACUGUCUCCAAGAGAUCACUCAGCAGGAAUGGACCAAAGAAGACAUCGAGGACCAUCUAAAGGAGCGCGCAGAUAGCUUCAACUCCAGACGGAACCCUGCACGCGACCGAUCACCAACCAUCCAACCAAAUGCCCCAGCAGCACGAGCUACUUCGGUGGAUCCAUCAAAUCCCCAAACCCUACGAACCGAUGUUGCGAAACCACACGUCGAACGAAUCGACCAGAGAAAGGAAGAAGCCAGAUUCGCAACGCUCGAUACAGCCGCGGAGGUUAUAACCAGUAAAGAGGAAGCUACAGAUCCGGAAACAACCGUGACCUCGCUCCAUUUCGUGGAUCAGGACCGCGAGGAGACUACCGGGGAAGUCAACAAGGCAAUCAAGGGUCCCCCUAAGGGAGAUGCUAUAUCUGUGGACGACCAGGAUGCUGGUCGAAGUAUCUUACCGGGGAAGAACGAAAACGAUCCCUCGACAACUCCCGCGAGCAACACUUCUUUACAACGAGGCCGAGGACGACCACCAGAUUCGAAGAACAAGCCGAAGCCGCAGGCAUCCGUGCGGCGAAGCACUCCACGACAUGCUGUUAAUCACCAAGACCUCGAGGACCAGUUCAUCAAGGCCAUCCAGGAAGAACAAGAAGUUUCAACGGCGCUCAUAACAAACAAAGAACGAGCCGACAUGGAACUGUCCAUCAACUUGAGGAAUGAAGGUGUCAUCACGACCCCUGGAUUGCCAUUCAAUCAAUCUCGGAACGAGGAGAUUGAAGGACUGAUAGCCAGAGGCAUGUUCGACUUCUUGCAAUACGACCCAGUCAAGCACGCUGACGCACACAUCUUCAAUUCGCAUUUAGUCAAUGAAAUCAAGGGCAAAGCCACGGGUACGCCUUUCGAGAAGUCACGACUCGUCAUCCAGGCCUACAAUAACGAAGGAAAGGAGAUGAUUCUCACUCAAUCCCCGACCAUUCAGCGAGCUAGCCAACGUGUCAUCGUUGCACUAGCCCCGUCACUUAGCGAAAGGAACAUCUACCUAUCGAUCCGGGACAUCACACAGACAUAUGUCCAGUCAAUAACCUCAUUGAACCGACUGAUUCUGGCGCAUCUCCCCAAGGAGAUCAAGAGCAAGUUCCUAGAAGGCACAAUUAUGGUAGUGCGGAAACCAUUAUACAGUAUCCCUGAAGCCGGAACCCAUUGGUGGGCAACGUACCACAAGCAUCACCGGGAAAGGCUUAAAAUGGUCACAUCUACCUAUGACCCAUGUCUUUUGAUCUCGACAGCAAAGGCAGUCUUUGGUGUUAUCGGAAUACAAACCGAUGACACUCUGAUUUUAGGGUCCGACGAUUUUGCCAAGCUUAAAGAAAAGGAAUUAGUGGAGGCAAAGUUCAGCGCUAAGCCCAAGGAUACACUAUCUCCAGAGGACCCACUGAUAUUCAAUAGCUACAUCCUGACACAAAAUGAUGGAGACGUUGCCGUUGAGUUACGCCAGAAGGAGCAGGGUAAGAGACUCAAGCCCAUCGACCAUAAAUCUACGGAUUUCAAACACGUAUACAUGGAACAACGUGCUCGCGGGGCGUACAUUGCAACGAUCUGCCAGCCGGAAGCUACAUUCGACCUAUCCGUUGCCGCCCAACACCAGAAUCCUACGGAAGCCGACGUCAACGCGUUGAACAAACGCAUCAUGUGGCAAAUAAAGAACCUGGACAGAGGCAUCAAAUACAUCGCGAUAGACCUAUCAACUACAAAGCUCUUCGUAUUCGUCGAUGGAUCAUUCACAAACAACAAAGAUUUCAGCUCCCAGAUCGGAUAUAAGAUCAUCCUCGCAAACGAGUCCACAAAGAAUGAGGAAUUUAAGAUCACCGGAAACUUAAUCCAUUGGAGCUCAACCAAGAGCAAACGCGUCACCAGGAGCAUCCUGGCAUCGGAGAUCUAUAGGAUGGUGGGAGGUAUCGACAUGGCAAUUGCAAUCGGCACAACAAUCAAGAUAAUCAUGGACCAACUUAGUUUUAAGAAAAUCCCUACCAUUGUAUACACAGAUUCAUACUCUCUCUACGAAUACCUCGUCAAACUCGGAACCACCAAGGAGAAACACCUCAUAAUCGACAUCAUGGCACUUCGCCAGUCAUACGAGCAAAGAGAGAUAAUGGAAAUAAGGUAG